AUUUUUAAUGAAGAUUUGCCUUGUAUGAGAGAGAUAAAGGAUAAAUUUAUGAAUGAAAUUUGUGGUUAUAUGAUUUUAAAAUUAUGAAUGAAAUUCAAAUUUCUCAAAUGUGCUAAGCAGUUUCUAUGAAGUAAGCUGUCUGUAUCUUUUUAGCCGUUUGUGUCUCAGAGUCAGAAUCAGAAUUCAGAUGUAAAAUAAAGUAAAAUAAUAUUGACGAAUCUCUUUUUAUUGUGUCAUUAUUAUUAUUGUCAUUGUGCUAUUUUUAUUGAAAAAUGAACACGUUUGGCAAUAUGUGUAGUGUGUUUCUAAUAUAUUUUGCUGUAAUUAUAACAACAGUGUACACCGAAGACGUGUGCGUGAAGAAAGGGCCUUGUACAUGUGAAUUUCCCAAUGGCACCGGCAUUGACCUGACGCCAGUGGCAUCGAAAUCCAAAUUCUUCAGCACGCAGACGUAUAAAUUGGAGAACGAUGGCUCAAGAUUGGCUCUGAGCACUUUCUACUACCAUCCUUGUAGUGACAUGAAACUUCCUAUAAACACAAGCACAGCAGCUUUUACAACAUGUAAAGAUUCCUUGGCGUUAUGUUGGUAUCUCUCUUACAUGGAUUUGCUAAACACAACAAAGGAUACAUUCAAAAGAGAUGGUGGUAACUACCAAUAUUUGGGCACUUCAAAUUUUUCAAACUUCAGUCCAGAUGGGCAGUCAAUUGUGUAUCCCAAUGUACCAUCGUCCACAGUAGUAAUGCUAGUGUGUGCUACGACGGAAGACCAGUUACAAGUUUACUCACUUGCAGAGGAAUCGAAAAUUAUACUGGCUUUUUAUUCAAAAGAGGCAUGUCUGAAGAUAAUUGAAGAACCGGGCCGUUCUCUUGGAUCCACGUUGCUUAUAAUAUUCUUCUCCUUUGUUAUACUCUAUCUUGUCCUUGGAAUAUGUACGAAGAAAUUCCUGAUGGGUGCAACUGGCCUUGAAGUCAUACCUAAUUUGGCUUUCUGGUCUGAUUUGCCAAACCUUGUUAAGGAUGGCUGGGCGUUUGCGAUCAAUGGCUUCAAACUGCCUGCCAGAGGCGCCGGCCCCGCGACCUCACCUGACCCCAACAGCUACGACAGCAUAUAACAUCAGAGAGAGGACCCGCUCAGUGAAGGUCAGCUCGUUUUGAUUGAGUAACCUUAUAUUGGACUUUGUGAAUCGAAUCAAUUGUGAUACUCAUAUUUACCACCAUCUUUGAAUGAGUAUUCUCGAUAUGGACUUUGUGAAACUAAUCAUUAGUGAUAUACUCAUACUUACCACCAUCUUUGAUUGAGUAACCUCUAUAUGAACUUUGUGAAUCUUAUUGAUAGUGUUAUACUUGUAUUUACCAUCAUCUUUUAAUGAGUAUUCUCGAUAUGGACUUUGUGAAUCAACUAUAUAGUGAUAUACACAUGUCUCAUACACCAUCAUUUAUUGAGUAACGUUGAUAAAUCAUAUGCGAUAUACUCAUAUUUACCACCAUCUUUGUAUGAGUAUUCUCGAUAUGGACUUUGUGAAACUAAUCAAUAGUGCAUACUGCUAUACUCAUGUCUCAUACGUACAACCAUCUUUUAUUGAGUUAUGUUAUUAAAUCAUAAGUGAUAUACUCAUACUUACGACCGUACUUUGUUUGAUUAACCUUGAUAUGGACUUUGUGAAUUGAAGCAAAAGUUUUAUACUUGUAUUAAUCAUUAUUUUUGUAUAUUGAGUAACGUUGAUAUGGACUUUGUAAAUCUAAUCAAUAGUGAUAUAUUCAUACUUACCACAAUCUCUAAAUGAUUAACCUUAGUAACUUUGUAAAUCGAAUCUAAAGUUUUAUACUCGUAUUUACCAUCAUAUUUGUUUGAGUAAUCAAAAUCAAAUAAAUAGUGAUAUACUCACACUUACCACCAUCUUAGAUUGAGUCAAUAUGAACUUUGUGAAUCUUAUUAAUAGUGGUAUACUUGUAUUUAACACCAUCUUUAAUUGAGUAAUCUUGAUAUGAACUUAAAUCGUAUUAAUAGUGAUAGACUCAUAGUUACCACCAGCUUUGAAUGAGUAAUCUCGAUAUGGACUUUGAGAAUCUAAUCAAUAGUGUUUGACUCUUAUUUACUACCAUUUUUGAUUGAAUAACUUCGAUAUGAACUUUGUAAAUCUUAUUGAAAGUGUUAUGCUAGUAUUUACCACCAUCUUUGAAUAGUGGUAAAUACCUUUAUAGGAACUUAAAUCUUAAUAGGAACAUAAUCGAAUCAAUAGUGAUUGAUAUACUCAUAUUUACCACCAUCUUUAAUUGAGUAACCUAGUUAUGGACUUUGUGAAUCUUAUUAAUAGAAUUUUAUACUUGUAUUCAUCACCAUCUUUGAUUGAGUAACCUUAGAGAAAGAAGAAAGAAAUCUUUUUAUCAUGCUUUCUUGUAUUUACCACCAUAUUUAAUUGAGUAACCUUUAUUAUAUGGACUUUGUGAAUUGAAUCAACUUUGUGAAUUGUUAAACUUUCGUCACCAUUUAUUUCUUGUCUUCCAUACAAUGAUUGGUGUUCAACCGUAUUUUGCGAAGUUAAUUUAUACUAAACAGUAUGUUACAUUUCUAUAGCCUUUAUUUGAUUUUGGAGGUAUAUACAAAUAACAAUCUAUUCUGCAAAGUCCAUUUAAAAAAAAUUGUCUAUGCACCUUACCAAAGGACUUUCCAGAAUAGAUUCCAUAUGGAUAUUAUGAUUAUCAAAGUACUGUUAUUUUUUGGAACACCAGUGUGUUCGAAUUAAGCGACUAUCCAAUUGUUACUUGUCCACCAUUCUUCAUAUUAUUUUACCUAAAUAUUAAAAAAAAAAAAAUUGUGUGUGAGCUGCAUUAAAUUAUAUUGAACUACAUGUAAUCUUGUCAUAUUUAAAUAUAGAAAUAUAUCUUUUAUUUAUAACUUUUACAAAUAUCUACGUUUUAUAAAGACUUGUCCUUAUCAUACACAUCUGAUGUUAAAUCGAAUUUUUUUCUUUUAUUAUUUAUGGAAUCUUAUUUAAGUAGUUCGAGUAUAUUACGAUUAAUAGGUUAAUAAUAUAUUAUACUAGUAUCAACUAUCAUUAUUAUUAACGCGUAUUAUAAAUAUACCAUGUGUAGGUAAAUUCUCAUAAUAACUCGAAUCACUUAUUUUGUUGGAGUAAACUCAACUGAAUCUAAGUAAAAUUAAAAAAAAAUUUGAAUAAAACUUAAUGUUUAUGAACUGAUAUAAAGUCUAUGAUCUGUCUUGUAUUAAAAGUAAUCUUUUUGGCCUAUUAUAAUAUACAAUAUCUAAAUUUAAGAUUUUAUUAUAUUUUAAAUUCUAAAAUGAUAUUUUUUUAAUGGAAACAAAUAAAAGUAAUAUGUGUUCGUAUAUUUUUAAAAAUGUAAGUCACCUUAGUCUAGUGUGUUUCAUGUUUAAUAAAUGUAACUUAUUAAAUGAAAUAUUGGCUUAAUAAUUCUAACGUAGUUCAGAUUGUAUAAAUAUAUUUUAUAUAACAUAGUUUUAGACCUUGUCCAGAAAGGGCAAAUUCGCCACGAAUUUCGAGCGUAUUACAGCGCUUACGUUUUUCGCAUUUAUUUGCGUUUGCGUUUAUUGGUGUUUGCGUUUAUUUGCGUUUGCGUUUAUUGGCGUUUGUGUUUAUUUGCGCGUCACGUUGCAUGCAAAAGAAGCGUCCUAGUGACCGUGCAAUUUUAAGUUUAGUGGUAUAUAAGUGCACUUCCUGUAAAGUUUGCCCAUAGACUGGACACAAUAAGGAGUUUGUGUUGAUAUUUUUUUUUUGACGGCCUCCGUGGCGCAGUGGUAUGCGCGUUUGAUUUACGAGACGGAGGUCCUGGGUUCGAUCCCCGGCUGGGCAGAUUGAGAUUUUCUUAAUUUGUCCAGGUCUGGCUGGUGGGAGGCUUCGGCCGUGGCUAGUUACCACCCUACCGGCAAAGACGUACCGCCAAGCGACUUAGCGUUCCGGUAUGAUGCCGUGUAGAAACCGAAAGAGGUGUGGAUUUUCAUCCUCCUCCUAACAAGUUAGCCCGCUUCCAUCUUAGAUUGCAUCGUUACUUACCAUCAGGUGAGAUUGUAGUCAAGAGCUAACUUGUAAAGAAUAAAAAAAAAACCAUGCAAAUUAAUAUUAUUUAUUAUAAUAUCGCGGCAAAAUGUUCAUUUACACAAACAAACUUGUAUACAACUCUAAAAAAUGCAUUUCACUGACAUCCAAAUAAACUAUAUCUUAAAUGUACCUACUGGUGACAUUGUAUCUUCAGCAAUUUGCAUGUAUUCGCACGAAAUGUUUCAACAAAAUGCGCCCUUUCAGGACAAGGUUAGUAUAUUUGAUAUCCCAAAGUGUAUAUUUCAUAAUAUCAUAUUUUGUAAUCGUAGUUAACUGUUACAAAUUGCGAAACUGUACCGGUUGCCCAGUGAACCGAACCGAUAUAACUAAUAAGUAGAAUGAUUGUAUUUCAGCGAGGAUAUCCUGCAAAUAUAUGCUCAAAUUAAAAUUUUCUUUAUAUAUUUCCGUUGGAUUUCUACGAAACUUCAUUUUAGUUAAUUAUUCCAUAUCAUCAUAUCUAUUACUUUUUUUUUUUUUUUUUUUUUUUUUUUGAUAUCCAAAUGGUUUAUUAGCGGUGUGAA